AUGGAUUUGGACUGUGGAACCUACUAUACUAACUUCACCGAAUCAGCAAUCUUGAAAGGAAAGGCCAGAGAGAGUGAUGUGGACAAGGCAUUGAGGAAUCUCUACGUCGUGCUAAUGAGGCUUGGAUUCUUUGAUGGAAGCCCAACAUUUGCUUCGCUUGGAAGAGAUGAUGUGUGUUCAAUGGAGAACAUGGACUUGGCAGCUGAAUCUGCAAGGGAAGGGAUUGUUUUGCUCAAGAAUGAGGGUGAAACUUUACCUUUGAGAUCCAACAAGUACAAAAAGCUUGUCCUGGUGGGCCCACAUGCUAAUGCAACUGCAGCCAUGAUUGGAAACUAUGCCGGCAUUCCAUGCCACUAUGUGACUCCCCUGGACGCCUUCUCUGCACUGGCAACAGUUCAUCACGAGAUGGGGUGUGUUGAUGUGGCAUGCAAGAACCAGUCCUUCAUCAAUCAAGCAGUGGCAGCCUCAAAGGAAGCAGAUGCAACCAUCAUUUUUGCUGGGUUAGAUCUAUCCAUCGAGGCCGAAAGCUUGGAUCGGACUAAUCUCCUCCUUCCAGGUUACCAGACUCAGCUGAUCCUUGAUGUUGUCGAUGCUGCCGCAGGCCCAGUCGUACUCAUCAUACUUUCUGCUGGAGGCGUAGACAUCACAUUCGCUAAGACCAACCCUAAGAUUAAUGCCAUCAUCUGGGCUGGGUACCCUGGCCAAGAAGGCGGUCGGGCAAUCGCUGAUGUUGUAUUUGGGCAUUACAAUCCAGGGGGGAGGCUACCGAUCACUUGGUACACUGCAGACUAUGUAACCAAGCUUCCAAUGACAUCCAUGCAAAUGAGACCAGUUGAUAACUUGGGCUACCCUGGGAGGACCUACAAAUUCUUCGAUGGUCCGGUGGUCUACCCAUUUGGCUAUGGGCUCAGUUACACUCAGUUCAAGUACAAGCUCACAUCUGCGCCAUCAUCCGUUACAAAGAAGUUGAAGGCGCACCAACAUUGCCAUGACAUUAGCUUAAAACCCAAUGCAUUUGUGCCAUCAUGCCCGUCUGUGUUGGUGGAAGAGACAAGAUGUGGCGAUGCAAUCAACGUUGAGAUUGAAGUGAGUAAUGUAGGGCAUCAAGAUGGGUCCCACGUCAUCUUGGUCUACUCUAAGCCGCCUGCCGAUUUGGUUGGAGGUCCUGUUAAGCAAGUGGUAGAGUUCAAACGGGUGUUCGUACCUACUGGUGUGACCAAGACGGUGAAGUUCUCGAUUGACGUCUGUAAGAGCUUGAGUGUGGUGACAGAUACAGCUUACCUUGUUUUGCCAGCAGGGGAGCACACGAUCAUGGUUGGUGAUGGAGAUGAAGCUGUAUCAUUCCCAGUCCAUGUUAACCUGUACUCUUAGUUAUGAAGGGAAAUGUGAAUAUACUCCUCACAAACAACUUCCCCUACCCUAGCAUUGCAUAUGCAAAUCUAUAGUUGAAUAUUGUUGAGAGAAAAGGUCUUCUUGUUUUGGUACUAAACAAAUAAAGGCCUCUUUUGCUAACAUACAUCUUCUCCACUUACCUUUAUGUGCAUCACCUAUUGACAACGUGGCUAAUGUAUAAGACCUCUGAUAUGAAUAGAUGAUGAUUUAUUUUUUAACUAACAUUAAAGUAUUUUGAGUCGAUUUUCUUUAAACUCCAUCAUGGCCACCUCAUGAUGAUCCCAAUCUUAGUUAUCCACUGCAUAUUUAAAAAGAACACUCAAAUAAUUGGUAAAAACUAAGUAAUCAACUUGUUGAAAUCAACCUAUCUAAUAGACUAUUUGAAAGCGGUUAAUUGUAAUCAACCUAUGUAACAGCCUAUCACAUUCAGCUAGAGGGAGUUUUGCACUCUCAUUACGGAUUCCUAACUUGGAUUAAGGAGGAGGGUUAUAUCAGAUUGGCAACCGGUUUGAAACUUAUACUA